ACACGACCCCGGACGCUCCCCCCAUCCAUCCAUGGCGUCCCUCUUCGGCGCCCGCCGGCGGCGAUCGCCGGAGGACGACGGCGAGGACAGCGACGGGUCCGGAUCCGGGCCCGGCCGGGCCAAGCGCCGCCGCCUCGACCCGGAGGGGGCCAGCCCCGGGUGGCUCUCCACCUUCGUGUCGGGCGCCAAGAAGGUCAUAUCCACCGUCCUCUUCUCCUCCUCCGAAGAGCAGGUCUCAGAAGACGAGGAGGAGGAGGAGGAGGACAGCUCCGAGCCGAGCCAAGAUGGAAAUGAAGAUACCCAUAAUAGUAAUGGAGCAGUAGCUCCUUAUAGUGAGUCAAAGCUCGCCAUUGAGCAAAUGGUUAUGAAGGAAUCAUUUUCAAGGGACGAAUGUGAUAAGAUGGUAAAGCUGUUACAAUCGCGAGUUAUAGAUUCAACAUUUCCUGAAACCUAUGAGAAUGGAACGCCAAAUGAAAUUCCAAGAAGGAAAUCAGGUGCUGGCCAUGAUUUUACAGGAGCUUGGCGUUCCUUGAAUCACAAUAGAGAUUUCCCUGCAUCAGGCCCAUUUUCUAGUAUUGGACCUGGGUACUUUUCUCCUGGCUCUCUGCAAGCAUCACCUGAGCUAUGCAAUGCAGCAGUUAUGGAAGCAAAGAAAUGGUUGGAAGAGAAAAGGCAGGGAUUAGGCACAAUGGCUGAGAAUCACGGACCUUGCACAUUGAACACUGAAAUGUUCAAUUCUGUGAGUCCCAACCCCGUCGAAGAUGACAAGGGUUCUCCUGUUGAUGUUGCAAAGUCAUACAUGCAGUCAUUGCCCCCAUGGCAGUCCCCUUUAUUAGGCAGUCGGAAGUUUAAAACACCACCCUCUGGUGGAGUACAUAUUAAUGUUUAUGAAAGGAAGUCUAAGCUGUCCUCGCCUGCAAAGUUCAACACCGAAGAAGACUUCUUUUCCAGCACCAACUUCAGGGAAAACUUGGAAGAAUUGCGAAGAGAUCGCAUGAAGUCUUCUGAAACUAUUUUAGAAUCUUCUAAAUCCAGGCUCCAUGGUUCUACUUCCAGUUUGUUUGACAAUGAUUUGUCUUUGUUCUCGCCGGGUACUCGUGAGGAAAUUAGACCUGUACAGAGUUGUAAAGGUUCUGAUAAAGCCGUUGCAGCAGAACCAGCCAAUGAGUGCUCUUUACCUGUUGCACCAACUAAAGAUGGGAACGAUGGUGGUGUUGACCCUGUGGACCCUGCACGAAAGGACAGUAAUCUUGUCCAAGAAUGCCACCCUGCAUCCGAAGUUCAUCCUGAUGAGGUACCACAAGGGAACCAUAUGGCUUUCACAAGUUCCGCGAAAGACGGUGCUGACCGCAGUGGAGAUGUUAAUUCUGUCCCCGCAGUACCAGAAAUUCACGAAGAAUCGCAUAUGAACUCAACCUCAGAAUCAAGACCGAAAGAUGCAGCCCUCCAGACCGAGAUCAGUUUACGUGCCCUAAAGAAAAAAGUGCAGACCAGUUUAAGUGGGUCGACCAAUAGAACUUCUGCUAACGGUCUUCUGGAUCGGUCAGAUGGCAACUCAGGGGUAGAAUCCUCGCGCAAUGAUAAUCCUGGCUGCACCAACUCAAGCAGUGCGGUGCUUCCUGAUAUUAACGAGCUUAUCAACUCCACAACUGAUGCUGCUGCAGAUGGUAAUUGUGUUGAUAAAAACGGCACAAUAAAGGAUUCAGAGAAACCUGUGGAUGGUAAUUCGGUUGAAAAUGGCACUGAAAACCAUUCGGAGGAGCCAGUGAAGGUUACCCCAAAACCUCUCCGGCGAGGCCGGAAAAGGGCUGCUCGGAGGGCCUAGUGUAAGACGAGAGCAGAGGCACCUGGCGUGUGCCAUAUUGCCCAGUACUAAUAUUAGUGGCCCAAAGGGCGGUAUGAUACCUAGGUUAACUAGAGCUAGUGCCCCAUUGAUGUGUCUCACAUAACGUGCACCCACGCUUGUAUCAAUGUUGUACUAUUGUAUUAUUAUUGUAGGCUUCACACUGGCUGACCACCUAUCACAGUCUAGUUGUUGUGAUUUACUAGGAUCAGUAGCUGAUUUUCCUUUCCGUUUCAUCCAAGUGUGAUUUGUAUUAUGGGUAGUUUGUGAGGACGGAAGAACAACUGUUUGAUUAUUACUUGAUUGUAUUAUGCUUGCAUUUAUCACACAAGCAUUCCUACCAA